AUGAAGGCCGCCGUUAUCCUCUCCCUCGUUGCCGCCGCCAUGGCUGGCGUGCUCGAGGUUCGCAACUGCGCUGGUGACAACUGCGCACGUCAAGUAACGCAAAUCGACAGUGGCACUCGUGAUGGUCUCAGCCCCAUCGAGUCUCGCAAGGCCGACUGCACCAGCUUCCAGACCUCUACCGUUACCCCCGAUGCUGUUACCACAACUGUCACCGUCACCGUCGACAGCGACACUCCCGCCAAGCUCCGCCGCAACGUCCGCGCCGUCACCGACGUCCCUACCGUCGUCCCUGCCUACGCUUCCGCCUGCGACGGCUCCAGAUACGCCUCUGCCUGCAGCUGCUGGGGCAUCACCGCCGGCGUCACCACCGCCCCCACCCCCACCAGCACCGUCACGACCACCGUCACCCAGGACUACUGCGAGGAC